AUGCUGCUUGAGGUGUUCCUGGUCCUGGGGACACUCCUCAUUUACUUCUUCUUUUCCAAGAAGAAUGAAGAGACACUGCCCUUCAAAGAUGGGUGGUGGGGCAGGGGACAAAAGCCUGUGACCAAAGAAGACUCCAGUAUUAGACCAUUCAAGGUGGAGACUGCAGAGGAAGAGCUGAGUGAUUUAUUUAGGAGACUGGACCAGGCUCGAUUCACUGAGCCACUGGAGAACAGCUGCUUCCAUUAUGGAACUAACUCAGUGCACCUCAGGAAGGUGGUGUCCUACUGGAAAAACCAGUUCAAUUGGAAGAAACAAGUUGAAGUCCUCAACAAGUACCCACAAUUCAAAACAAAGAUUCAAGGCAUUGAUAUCCACUUUGUUCAUGUAAAGCCUCCUCGUUUGCCUGAAGGCCAGGCUGCAAAGCCACUGUUAAUGGUUCAUGGUUGGCCUGGCUCAUUCUAUGAGUUCUACAAAAUCAUCCCUCUGCUGACGGAUCCUGCAAGCCACGGCCUCGGGGAUGAGCACAUCUUUGAAGUCAUUUGCCCAUCUAUCCCUGGUUAUGGUUUCUCAGAAGCACCCCACAAGCAAGACUUCAAUUCCGUGAGUGCUGCUUCUGUUUUUUAUGAAUUGAUGCUCAAACUGGGAUUCAAUGAGUUCUACACUCAGGGUGGUGAUGCUGGCUGUCUCAUCUGCACCAACCUGGCCCAGAUAGCUCCCAGCCAUGUGAAAGGUCUCCAUUUAAACAUGGUCUUGGUUUCGAAGCUGGGGCUCUCUCACCUGCUCUCUGUCCUGCUGGGCCGGUACUUCCCAGGGCUCUUUGGAUUCCAGGAUGAAGAUGUCAGGAGGAUGUUCCCCUUCUUGAAGAAAUGGCUCUACAAGAUCUUGCCUGAGUUUGGCUAUGCUCACAUACAGGCUACAAAACCAGAUACUGUUGGCUGUGGUUUGAAUGACUCUCCUGUGGGACUGGCUGCAUACAUCUUGGAGAAGUUUUCUUCGUGGACUGAUAUGGAAUUCCAGAAUCUAGAGGAUGGAGGACUAGAGAGGAAGUUCAGCCUGGAUGACCUGCUCACCAAUAUCAUGAUCUACUGGGUGUCAGGCUGCAUUGUCUCCUCCAUGCGUUUCUACAAGGAAAACCUGCAGAAGGGGAUAGGCACACAGAAACAUGAAAAGCUCACAGUACAGGUACCUACUGGCAUUGCUGCCUUCCCCAAUGAAAUCCUGCACAUACCCCAGGCUUGGGCUAAGAAGAAAUACACCAACAUUGUCUCCUUCCACUUCAUGCCUCGGGGUGGCCACUUCGCAGCUUUGGAGGAGCCUGAACUUCUUGCUAAAGAUAUUCUGCAGUUUGUUGACAAAGUAGAGAAAGAGCAACUCUGGAAAAAGAAAGGGGAAUAGCUUCCCUAAGAAACAGCAGGGUAAUUACUUUUAGCUUAGCACAUGUACAGGGCUUACUAAGUCUGCUGUAAUCCAUGUAAUUAGAUUUUAUUGUUGACCAGAUGUGAGCAAGGACAGAAAGAAAAAUACAGUGUA